AUGCUCAGUCAAACCAAGACGAUCAGCUAUGACCACGUCAACAAGACGACCCACUUUUACUUCUUUACUCAGACUACAGCAGCCUGCCACAAAGCGGUCCGGGUGCCGUUCUUUGGAAGACUGUAUCGGCUCCGAAAUGCUCACCGUCUAGAGAGCGGGUCGGUCUGGCAACGGAAGCAAGGGCUUAAUGGGUUACCUUAUGGACGGCGAGUGGGGUACACUGUGGACCUUCAUAGCUUCACACGUUUUAGUGAUGUGGGCAAACUCGCGGCAUUUCUGAAGGAGAAAAGUUCAACGGACUUUGACAUGGACACGCACACACCGGAUUCGAGGACGUCUACUAUCUGA